AGUUAGAAAAGAAAAUGAAAGUACAAGCUGAUUCCACUUCGGAGCUAUUUAAGAAUGGCGACGAUUUCAGUCCCUCGUCAAGUUUUUGCUUGGAUACUAGCAAUUUGCGUGGACACCUGCUUGGUGUACGCCACGGUCGUGGUGGCGCCGUUGGAGAGCACACGCGAGACCUACGCGCGUCUGGGGUUCGUGUGGGUGUUCGCGCUGCUGAGGUGUUUGGCGCUAGCCGCCGUUACAGCAGCCGCCCUCGGAGGACUGCCACCGGCGCCGGCUCGACUCCUCGCUGCGCACUGUGCGCUUCCAGCCGUGUUGGAGACCGGCGCUUUGGCCCUGCGCCUGGACGACAACCGGUGCGGAGUCAUGGCGGACGCGCGCUGCUGGCUGAUGUGCGCCGGAGCAUCGCUGGUUGCCGCCUCAUUUUGGGAAGUCGUCGUCCCGGACUUCGGAGGCGACAAAGAGAAGCGAAACAAGCCCAGAGUGUUGUUCAUGAGGGUGGUCCGCUUGUACAAGCCUGACUAUCCUGUGAUGUUUGCUGCCUUCCUGUUUCUCACCGUGGCUGUUGUCUGUCAGAUGGCCAUCCAGUUUUACACGGGGAAGAUCAUUGACCAUCUGCGUGGUCCUGACCUGCCAAGUGAAUUCUUCUUAGCAAUCCUCCUCAUGGGCCUCUACUCUCUGGGAAGCUCGGUGGGCGCAGGCUGCAGAGGGGGGCUGUUUACAUGGGCCAGGAGCUCCUUCAUGUGCAGAGUGAAUGGCAAUCUGUUUGAAGCUUUGACCAAACAGGAAGUUGCAUUUUUCGAAACCGUUAAGACAGGUGAAAUGACCUCCAGGCUGUCUAAGGACACCAGCCUGAUGGGGGAUACAGCGUGUCUCAACAUCAACGUCCUGCUGAGGAACCUGAUCAAGAAAGUGGUCAUCUUGGCCCUCAUGCUGCAACUGUCAUGGAAGCUGACAUUUUUAGUGUUGAUGGAGGUGCCCGUCACUGGCCUCAUACAGAACAUCUACAACAAGCACGAGCAGCGAUUAAAAGUGGCCAUACAGGACUCUGUGGCUGUGGCCAGCGAAACAGCCAAUGAGAUCAUUUUAGGUAUUCGGACGGUGCGGAGCUUCAGCGCUGAGAAACACGAGGCCCGUCACUAUGGCAACCGGCUGCUGGACACGCACAACCUCAAAGCCCAGCGAGACACCAGCAGGAUUGUGUACCUUCUCCUACGCAGGUUGAUAGCAUUGGCCACGCAGGUGCUGAUGUUGUGGUACGGCAGGUUGUUCAUUCAGAGGGGGCAGAUUAGCACCGGCGACCUGGUCUCCUUCAUCCUCUACCAGUCAGACCUCGGGGGCAACAUCAGGGCACUGAUCUACAUCAGCUGCAAUAUGGUCAACUCAGUCGGGGCCGCUGCUAAAGUCUUUGAGUAUCUGGAUCGAGAACCUCAGGUCAGCACCAAAGGGGAACAAGCACCCGAUCAGCUUAAGGGACACGUGGUCUUCCGACAUCUGAACUUCGUCUACCCGACACGCCCCAACGUACCUGUGCUCCAGGUGGGUCUGACACGUCAUUGUAUGAACGCUGCACUCAAGCAUGAAGGCAAACAUGUUUCCCGCCAGGACUUCUCUUUGGAGCUGAAAGCGGGUCAGAUGACGGCGUUGGUGGGCCCCUCGGGAGAGGGAAAGAGUACCUGUGCCUCUUUGCUGAAGCGCUGGUACGAGCCGCUGGAUGGCCAGAUCCUGUUGGACGAUGCUCCACUGGAAUCCUACGAUCACCACUUCCUCAGCAAGAAGAUCGCCUUGGUCAGCCAGGAGCCGGUGCUCUUCUCUGGCACAGUCAGACACAACAUCGCCUACGGGAUUGAUGUCUGCUCCAUGGAUGCCGUCCAGGAAGCAGCUCGCCAGGCCAACGCCCACGACUUCAUCACACAGCUGGAGAAAGGCUACGAUACGGAGGUGGGCGAGGGGGGCAGCCUGUUGUCCAAGAGUGAACGGCAGCGGAUCGCCAUUGCUCGAGCGAUGGUUCGGCAGCCACAGGUCCUCAUUCUGGAUGAAAUAACCAGCUCUCUGGAUGAGCACAGUGAAAACAAGGUCCUGCACACCCUGGCGAGUCGCUGCAACCAAACCCUGCUGGUGAUUGCUCACAGACUCAAGACCAUCGAGAAAGCCGAUCAGAUCGUUGUGAUCGGGGGCGGCAAAGUUCAGGAGCAGGGAACGCACAGAGAACUGCUGGACAAGAAGGGGAGCUACUGCAAAAUGAGAAACAAGCUCGCCACAAGGGGAAGCGACUGACAUGGUCCAUGUGCCGGACCAAAUAUUAUUACCGCUAUCAUCCAGUACAGUAAUAUAGUCAUUUAUAGACAAAACACGACUAUAGUCACAUUUAUACUCUUUUUAUUUACAACAUACUGAGCAACUGCAGGGUCUUGAGACACAUGCUAACUCGCAAACUAGAGAGCUAGCGACCUAAACGGUAGCCUUCAAGUUAUUUCCUUUAAACUUAAAUAGCCAAAAACUUACCACUUCCACAUUGAUAGGGAGGAUAACUAUUAACAGUUAUUUAACCUUUAACAUGAACAUUCAUGGGCGGCACCGCGGGCUAGUGGUUAGCGUGCAGACCUCACAGCUAGGAGACCAGGGUUCAUGUUCUCCCCGUGCAUGCGUGGGUUUUCUCCGGGUACUCCGGUUUCCUCCCACAUUCCAAAAACAUGCUAGGUUAAUUGGCCACUCCAAAUUGUCCAUAGGUAUGAAUGUGAGUGUGAAUGGUUGUUUGUCUAUAUGUGCCCUGUGAUUGGCUGGCCACCAGUACGGGGUGUAACCCGCCUCUCGCUAGUGUCCUGCGGGCCACAUUUGGCCCGCGGGCCGCGUGUUUGAGACCCCUGGCUUAAAUCCUCGUAGACAAACCCUAACAGUUACGAAGUUAAAGAUGUACACACCAAGGUUUUUUUUGACAGUGCACCAGAUAUGUCAAAAAGGAGUGGCGUGCACCUGAGCCGUAAACCAUCUGCCAUCUCAGGGCUUGGAAGGUUGCAAUGCAAAAUGGCUGACACAAACAGUGUGGGUGGUGUCUUUUGCCAAAAUAGCCUGCACUUGCAUGUGGGAAAGCCCCAUCCCUGUGGAAUUUCACUUUCGUUUUCCUUCGUUGAAGCAACGGUAAGGUGGCAUGUAGUGACUGAAAGAGUUUGUUGGACCUCAACAUGAAAAAAAAUAUAUAUAUGUGUAGGGAUGUUUCCAUCAGGGUUUUUAUGCUGAUACCGAUCACAAUCAUCCAUGAGUGAAAUCGACCGAUACCGAUACUGAUUCCGAUCACAUAAGUAAAGUGUAAAUGCUAAAAUGUAUAUGAUCCAUCCAUCCAUCCAUUUUCCUUCGCUUAUCCGGUCCGGGUCGCGGGGGCAGCAGUCUUAGUAGGGAAGCCCAGACUUCCCGGUCCCUGGCCAUCUCCUCCAGCUCCACCGGGAGGACACAAAGGUGUUCCCAGGCCAGCUGUUAGACAUAGUCCCUCCAGCGUGUCCUAGGUCUGCCCCGGGGCCUUUUCCCGGCUGGGCAUGCCCGGAACAACUCACCAGGGAGGCGUCCGGGAGGCAUCCGGACUAGAUGCCCGAGCCACCUCAACUGACUCCUCUUGAUGUGAAGGAGAAAAUGUAUAUGAUGAAUAUAUUCAUUCAGAAUAAACAAAGUUCAAGCUCAUUAUUGUCCAGUUUAAUGGACAGAAACUUUUGUUACGCGCUCCCUAAAAGAUGACAAUCUAACGUCUACAUCUACGUCAGGGCAUCACUGAAACUCUAGAAUGAAGACAACAACGCAGCUCACUGAAGCUGUUUCGCUCUGAUAAGCGUUACUGAUGCAAACAUGAUGCUGGCGUCCGCUCACCCUUGAUUUUGCUUUACUUGCAUAGGGACGCGUGACCAAAAAAAAAACUAAUUCAGUCUACACUAGCAAGUCUCCCCCUGUUCUCUGGUAUCAACCACGUGAUUUCUGGUAUAAAAAAAUCAGGCCUCAGUUAUGAUGCCAAGCAGUGUAAGCUGCUCUCUAGCGUCAUCUAGUGACGGAAACAAAACAGCCUCCAUCAAACAUGUGAAGGAUAGCACUGGGAUGCCUCCCAGUGGCAUAAAACAGUCAUGUAGUAUAACUUGAUAUUAUCCUGACUCAGCAAAAAGAUCCCUCAAGUCCACACCCAUCACGGCAGGAUAAAUAGGAGUGUUUUUGUGUCCCUUUCAUUUCAAGUCAAGGCAUUGCACCAAAAAUGGUACGAUUUGGUGUUGAACCAAAAACGUAUGUCUAAGCAGUCAAACAGGACUUGAAGUUCAACCAUCAUCAUUCACCUGAGGGCCGCAGAUAGACAAAUUGACACAAUUCACAUUCAAAUUCAUUAAAAGGAGUGCUAUCCCCCAUUUGCAACUUACUGUAUACGUUUAUGUAAGUGUGUGUCUGAGUACUAUGGGGUGUCACGAGACACAUGAGAUGAGAUUGGGUCCGCAAGAACAAGAUGAGACAAAAGUUUAACAUGAGUUUAUAUCAAUGAAAACAUUCAUUCAUUCAUUUUCUGACGCUUUUUCAUCACGAGGGU